GAAAAAGAAAACGAAAGGGAAAGUGAAAAUCAGAAUUGAGUCGUCGGCAUGGCAGCAGCUCAAAAUUUUCGUAUAUAAGUACGAAUUUCUUCGAAUAUGUCACACAUUGGCUCCGAUCUCAUUUCUCUUUUUUAAGCACCGAAAGAUCUGAUCAGAUCUAUUCAUAUCCAUCUCUUUCUUUACUUCUUUCUCUGAGAUUUUCUGCCGAUUCCUUCCCCCUCCUCCGCCUUGCAUUUGUCGAUCGAUUCGAGUGGCUUUGACGGGUCGAUGGUUUGGAUUCUAGGGUUUUGGGAGAAUCGAAAUCCAGUGGUUGAUUUCUUGCAAAAACCAUGUGUUUUUGGGCGGAGAAGUUCUGCUCGAGGUAUGGGAUCGUGACCUAGGGUUUGCGAAGGUCUCGCCUUGUGCGCGAGUGCAUGAAGGUUUGUUGCUGCUUUGGCUUGUUCGGAGAGGAAGAGAAAGGCGGUAGAGGAAGCAUGAAGGAAGGUAAUAUGGGCGGGGAAGGCGAGGGGAAGAAGGAGGGGGUGGAAAGUGAGGAAUCCGAUAACUUCGCUUCGAUGUGGGGGCUAGGGAUUGGUUCAGGUGAAAAUGCGAGGGAUUCUCAGGCUGUGAGGCGGGAUUUUAGGGAAAUCGAGAACGGUGAGUUUCCGGAUGGGAGUUUGUGGGGUUUUGAUUGGCGUGCGGCAUCUUCAAGUAGCGGUCCGCACAGUGUGGACUUUGAAUUGGGCGAAGAGUCUUCAGCCGCUGCAUUAGAGAGAGAAAAUUGCGAUCGUGAUUGGCACCAUAAGCGCCCCAAAGUUGAUUCCUUCAUCCAGGAUUGUAAUUAUGCGACUGCUUCGCCCUCAGAUGUUGACAAAUCUAUUUCAUCUGUAGACAGUGACUACAAUACUUGCAUGAGAACUUCCGUUUUACCCAGGAAUGAGAUAUUUCCAAUGUUCAAUGAUGGUGGUACUGUGCAUCUCCAUGAUUCUAGCAGCAGGGGAGAUGAUGAAGUAGAAGCAUUUGGUUCUUCAAAAAUAGAAGAUUUUGAAGUUCGAAGGGAUCUUAUAGAUGACUUAUUGCAUAUGGUUUUCUCUUUCUUGGACCACAUAGAUCUUUGCCGAGCUGCUAUAGUUUGCAGGCAAUGGCGAGUAGCAAGCUCCCAUGAAGAUUUCUGGAGGUUUUUGAAUUUUGAGAAUCGAAACAUCUCUGUACAACAGUUUGAGGAUAUGUGCCGCAGGUAUCCAAACGCCACGAAAGUAAAUAUCUAUGGUGCACCUGCUGUUCACCUGCUUGUUACAAAAGCACUUUCUUCAUUGAGAAAUCUUGAGGCUUUAAUUUUGGGAAAAGGACAAGUUGCAGAUACUUUCUUCCAUGCCCUUUCAGAUUGCUACAUGUUGAGGAGUUUGGUUGUUAUUGAUGCCACACUUGGUAAUGGUAUUCAAGAUGUGCCUAUUGUCCAUGGUAGACUGCGUCAUCUUGAAAUAACCAAAUGCCGGGUGCUCCGUAUUUCUGUCAGAUGCCCCCAGCUUGAAUCUUUGUCUUUGAAGCGCAGUAGUAUGACGCAUGUUUUUCUCCAUUGCCCUCUCUUGCAUGACCUUGAUAUAGGCUCUUGCCACAAACUCUCAGAUGCUGCAAUUCGUUCAGCAGCAACAUCAUGCCCUCUACUGGAGUCUUUGGAUAUGUCAAAUUGUUUAUGUGUUAGCGAUGAAACGCUGCGUGAAAUAGCCCUCACUUGCGUUAAUCUUCAUAUUCUUGAUGCAUCCUACUGCCCAAACAUAUCACUUGAGUCUGUAAGACUGCCAAUGUUGACAGUUCUCAAGCUUCACAGUUGCGAGGGCAUAACUUCUGCUUCAAUGGUUGCCAUAUCUCAUAGUUACAUGUUGGAGGUUUUGGAGCUCGAUAAUUGCAGUCUAUUGACAGCAGUGGUCUUGAAUCUUUCACGCCUGCAGAAUAUACGACUAAUACAUUGUUGCAAAUUUGCUGAUUUAUAUUUACAAAGUGUCAUGCUGUCUUCCAUAACGGUGUCAAAUUGCCCUUCACUCAGUGGCAUCAACAUAACUUCAAAUUCACUUCAAAAACUAGUACUGCAAAAGCAAGAGAGCUUAAUGACAUUGGCCUUGCAGUGCUACAGUCUGCUAGAAGUGGACCUGACAGAUUGUGAAUCACUUACAAAUUCUAUUUGUGAGGUUUUUAGUGAUGGUGGUGGAUGCCCUAUGCUGAAAUCACUAAUCCUUGACAACUGUGAGAGCUUGACAGCAGUCCGAUUCCGCAGUACUUCUUUAGUCAGUCUGUCCCUCGCUGGUUGCCGGGCUGUUACGGUUCUUGAACUCACAUGCCCAUACCUUGAGCAAGUUUGUUUAAAUGGUUGCGAUCUUGAAAGAGCAUCAUUUUGCCCAGUUGGUCUUCGGUCUCUUAAUCUAGGAAUUUGUCCUAAUUUAAAUUCCCUUGUUAUUGAGGCUCCACAAAUGGUGUUGCUCGAGUUAAAGGGAUGCGGUGUAUUGUCCGAAGCUUCUAUCAAUUGUCCUCUCUUGACCUCCUUAGAUGCUUCUUUCUGCAGCCAGCUGAAGGAUGACUGCUUGUCUGCAACAUCUUCUUUGUGCCCUCUAAUUGAGUCAUUAAUAAUGUCCUGCCACUCUUUUGGUUCUGAUGGACUCUACUCACUGUGCUGGCCUCGGCAUUUGACAUUGCUCGAUUUAUCCUACACUUCUUUGUUGACCUUGCAACCUGUCUUUGAGGCCUGCUUGCAGCUAAAGGUAUUGAAAUUGCAAGCAUGCAAGUAUCUUACACAAUCAUCGCUAGAGGCCCUUUAUAAGGAAGGUGCUCUCCCAUCCCUUCGUGAGUUGGACUUGUCCUAUGGGACCCUAUGCCAGUCUGCCAUAGAAGAGCUUCUUGCUUGCUGCACACAUCUCACCCAUGUUAGUUUAAAUGGUUGCGUGAAUAUGCACGACCUGAAUUGGGGUUCUGGUGGGGGUCAGCUUUCUGAGAUUCAAAGCUUUUGUGAUUCAUGUGUCUUGUCUUCUCAUGAGAACGUACCUGAGCCAAUUGAGCCACCCAACCGGUUACUGCAGAACCUCAACUGUGUUGGUUGUCCAAAUAUUAAGAAAGUUUUGAUUCCGUCGAUGGCCCGCUGUCUCCAUCUGUCAUCAUUAAACCUUUCUCUGUCUGCAAAUUUGAAGGAAGUUUAUGUUGAUUGUUUAAGUCUAUGUUUUCUUAAUUUGAGCAAUUGUUACUCCCUAGAAAUUUUAAAGCUCAAAUGUCCGAGAUUGACUAGCCUUUUUCUUCAGUCUUGUAACAUAAAUGAAGAAGCUGUUGAAGCUGCCAUAUCGCAAUGUAACAUACUGGAGACUCUUGAUGUCCGUAUGUGCCCCAAGAUUUGCUCAGUGAGCAUGGGGAGGCUACGUGCGACUUGCCCCAGUUUGAAGCGCAUUUUCAGCAGCCUGCCCCUGUGAUGUGAAUUUUUGUUCUCUCCGAUGAGUGUUUGCUGCGGCAACAAGCUUGAAAGAUGGUUCAUUUUGUGCUAUUUAGUAUUGUAAAUGGCUAAUGUGUUUUUGAUUUUGUUUUGGUUCCUGUGUUUGCAUAUCGAGUCCCAUGUGAUGUAAAAGCGAACAAUAAACCCUAUUUAUUUAUUAUAUUGAUCGAUGUCAUUUAUGCUAAAA